AUGGUCCAUGUGGUACUGACCACCGCACCGACUUCCUGUGCUGGGACUCUGCAAAGGGGCACUGCAACAAGUUCUACCCCAAGCCUGCCUGCCAAACCACCCACGUGGACGAGAGGGGGUUCGUCCAAUACAAACGAGACUACACAAACGAAGGCUUUAUCACAUCACGGAGGAGACAGAUUCAAAGUGCAUGAUGGCUGGGUCGUUCCGUACAAUUCCGCAUUACUGCUCAAAUACGAGGCGCACAUAAACUUGGAGCUUGCUUCUACUCGUCGCGUAAUCAAGUACCUCUUUAAGUACCUCAUGAAAGGCGGUUCUCUCCAGAACGUAACCGUCACUCCCCUGGGGAAACAAGAGGAUGAGGUCGAGCAUUACGUGACGAAGAGAAUGGUGGGUGCCAGCGACGCAUGCUGGCGUCUUCUCGACUUUCCUGUGUCAAAGCUCGAGCCCACCGUUGAGUGUGUUCCCGUGCAUUUAGAGGGCAAACAAAGUGUUGUCUUUCGGCCGAGACAGCUCUCUGAUGCAGUCACUCAAGCAAGCUCCAAGCUUAUGGUCUACUUCAAUCGCCCGCACCAUGAAACUUUUGACAAUGUCACGUACCAGACAUUUUACGAGAAGUUCAUGGUGCACACUAAGCGCCCACGUACUGCGGAAUUGUACGAACACCCCGAUGGCCAUCACUUUGUAACGACUCGCCAGCGUGGUGAGAAGGUAUGUAGGUUGAUGUGGGUCUCUCCCAACCGAGGAGAACAAUACUACCUUCGUAUUCUACUUAUGUCUACACCUUGCCGUGGUUACGUUGAUCUUCUGGCUCGUGGCGGUCCUGGUUGCCGGACGUUUCAGGACGUAGCCCGCAAUCUCGGCCUGGUGGAAGACGAAGAAGAAUACAAUCACGCGCUGCGCGAGGCAUCUACGUUUAUGACUGGACCUAGGCUCCGUUCCUUCUUCGUGAUCCUCUGCAACAUGGGAGCUCCCGCUGCUCUUCUGUGGGAGUCUUUCAAGAACCACCUUAGCGAGGAUCACUUAGAAAGGAACCCUCUCGACCCUGAACUGGCGAUCAUGGACUCCCCCUACGUCGAGGAUGACACGACUGAGUUAGGUAGAGAGCUACUCAACUACGGCGAGAACCUCCAGCGAACCAUCGUUGAGGACUGGGUGCCCAAACUCUCCCCAGACCAGCGCCGUGUGUUUGAGUACGUUCGCUCUCUGCUUCUCAACCCCCGUGACCGACGCACUUCUAGAAUCAUAUUUCUGGACGGUCCCGGGGGUUAUGGGAAGACCUCUCUGAUUCGUGUCAUCCUUGCGUAUGUCCGUGGUUGUCGACAGGUUGCACUCGCCGUGGCUAGCUCAGGGAUUGCUGCAAGGAACAUGGAUGGAGGAACAACAGCACAUAGCAUGUUCCGACUCCCUCUAGACCUAGGUCACGGCACAGGUGUGUGGAACAUCACCAACGGGUCCCAGCGAGCAGAACUCAUCAGAGCAGCACAGCUCAUUGUGUUUGAUGAGGCCCCGAUGGCACACCGCUACAUCUUCGAGAUGAUCGACAGAUCCCUCCGGGAUCUCAUGAAUAGUAGUGUGCCAUUCGGGAAUAAGAUCUUCAUCUGCUCCGGGGACUUCCGUCAGAUUGCGCCCGUCGUUGAGAAGGCUCGCACACCAGCUGAUGUCGCCGUGCGUGUCACUUCGGGCGUCACAUCUGUGGCGACUGUUCACACUAUUUUCCCUGACGACACCCCAGAGAACUAG